AUGCGUGUCUUCACCCUUGCCCUUGUGGCUUCGUCCGCUCUCCUGCCACGCCCCGACGGCGUCUCGGAGGCUGCGGAUCCUGCGCCGAUGGAACACCAAGACCCUGCUGUCACUGUCUUGGCCGCCGGUGGCGAGAACUCCUCUCCUAGCAGGGUCUUGAGGUCUCAAGAAACGAUGGUGGUGCCGGAGACACUGGAAUCUUUCUGGCUGGGACUUCAGAAGUUUGUGGGGAUGGCGGAGAGCGUCGAUCAAUCCAUUCUUCCUAAUAGGAUGUGUUUGACUCUAGAGGAUCCCUACGUGGAGCAGUGGGUUGGAUCGUCUAGACUUGGACGAGAGCUGAUUUCUUCUUACAAAGCGAAGAAGAAUCUUGAGGUGGUGCAUGGGAUAUUUGGUAUGCGGACGCUGGAGUCGGCUCAGACGAAGGAAUAUCUUGUGGCGCAGCCAGGCGUUUUGGAGCUGCUCCGAAAAGUAUUGGUGACGGGGUGGGUCGAAGUUGGCAAGACUCCGUCUCAAGUGUAUAAGCUACUCGACCUGCGCCGCUUGUCUUUUGACGAGCUAUUCGUAGAACAGAGAAGUGCAGCCGUCAGCGGCUUAAGGGACUUUUGUGAGGCUGCCAAUCCGGGCCGAGGCGAGAUUGUUUUCCUCGAAACCGUUAUUGAAGGAUUCGGUGGUGAUGAUGCAUUCGCCCGUCGUGUUUCCCAACUGACCACGGAUGAACUUCUCAAGGUCCAAGAGCACAUCUUUCCAGCUGUAAAGCAGAUGAAGUCCAACACGCCGAUGCUUUCACAAGACGUGUUCUUCUCGAAGUUUUUGGGACAUGUUGUCGAUGAAGCCACCACAUCAGCGUCAACUCCGUCGAAGGUCAAGGUCAAUCCCGUCUAA